UUUUGGCAGAAUUAAUUGAAAAGUUCGUGUCACAUCUUUCUGAAAGCCAAUUGGAUUGUUAUUUCAGCAUGGGAAACUAUAAAGCCACGGAUGCAGAUGUGAAGAUUGAAAGUCUUUCAUCAGUGCAGCAGCUUGGUGUUGAAAUGACAGUCAGAUAUGGAAGAUACCUAAAUUUGCUAAAGGAACAUGCUGAAAAUGGGCUGUGCUUCGUGUUAGUGAAUUGUGAGAAAUUUUUGAAACAACAGCAGAGAGAUGUAGUAUCCCCACUUUGCUGCUUGCAGGAGCGCUAUGCUGGCUACGACUGGUUUGCAUCUUCUGUCUUCCUGAUGAUGUUAGGGGACAGGGAGAAGACACUGACAUUUCUUCAGCGAUUUUCACGUCUUCUUGUUUCAGCAUUUCUCUGGCUACCAAGACUGCAUCUGUCUAUGCACCUGCCUAUUACAACAGUGGAAUCUGGCAUCCAUCCAGUCUAUUUUUGCAGUACUCACCACAUUGAAAUGUUGCUGAAAGCUGAGUUACCACUUGUCUUUUCAGCCUUCCACAUGUCUGGUUUCACUCCAUCCCAGAUUAGUCUGCAAUGGAUAACUCAGUGUUUCUGGAAUUACCUGGACUGGAGUGAGAUCUGUCACUACAUCGCUAUAUGUAUUUUCCUGGGUCCUGAUUAUCAAGUGUAUAUGUGUAUUUCUGUGUUCAGACACCUACAGCAAGACAUCCUGAAGCACACUGAAGCUCAAGAUCUCCAGGUUUUUCUUAAAGAAGAAGCACUGCAUGGAUUUCGAGUGAGUGAUUAUUUAGAAUACAUGGAAAGCUUGGAGGCGAUCUACAGACCUAUGCUGCUGAAAGACAUGAGGAACAUAAAAGCAGCCCUCACUAAUUGCAUUGACUGUUAUAAAUUGCCGAGGCAAGCAAGCUCCAGUGCUGGCACCAACCGCAGCAGAGCACAUGGGGGUUUCCCGAACCAGGAGAACCCCAGGGGAGCCGAGAGCCGCCAGGAGCCCGCAGCCCGUGCCACAGCGGCUGACGAGACCAGGGUGGGGCCAGGAGCAAUGAUGGCCAAGCCCCACCAUGUAUGCAAGAAGCCCCUGGGGAGCACUACGACCAGGAACGCUGCGAACAGGGCCUGGUGUGUCAGCAAGGGCGUGGCGCGGCAGUCUGUGUGGAAGGGCAUGCAGGAAGGGCGCUUGAAGCUCUGCCAGCAAGACCAGGGAACAAUGGUAUCCACCCAGCAGAAAGCCAUAGCCUCUCUAAGCUCUGCACCCAUCAAGACUGAGGCCGCUUCCCAGACAGAGCUCCGGUGGGAAGACGCUGCCAGCCAGGUGUCAGGCCGCAGGCUGUGCCCCGCUCUUACGCCAGUAGGGGACAGCAGCAGUGAGCACACCUGUGGGAGGUGUGCCCGGGUAGAGGAACUCCUCCACUUUGUGACAGAGAAGGCCAAAUAUGCAGUCCAGGCCCACUUCUUAGAGAAGUCUGCUGCCUCCCCGGGGCCUGGGUUAAAGAUGUGA